AUUUCUAGGUUUUCACAGGGCUCAGAAGUGAUUAUAUAAGAUAUUUUCAACAAGGCAAUGAUCUGUUUGCCCUCUGCAGAUGCUGACUUUAAACUAGACUCCUGCACCAUGAAUGGCAAUGAUCCUCUAAAGCCCAAGUGUCCUGUGCUGAAUGAAAACCAGAUGCCAGCCUUCCCCGAGUGGCUCACCAUCAUCAUGCUUUGUAUUUACCUGCUCUUUGCCAACAUACUGCUGCUGAACCUGCUCAUCGCCAUCUUCAACUUCACGUUCCAGGAAGUUCAGGACAACACAGACAGGAUAUGGAAGUUUCAAAGAUACGAGCUUAUCAAGGAGUACCACAGCCGCCCCGCUGCCCCGCCCCCUUUCAUCAUACUCAGCCAUCUGUACCUCUUCAUUAGGAACGUGGUGCUGUGCAGGACGCCCAUCACUACCACAGAGUUCAAGUGCAAGCUUCCUCAGGUGGAGGAGGAGGAGCUGCUGUCCUGGGAGGCCAUGAUGAAGGACAGAUACCUGUUGUCCACGCGGCAGGAGCAGAGCCAGAGCAUGGAGCGCCGCAUCGUGGACACGGGACAAAAGGUUACCACCAUAACAGAGCGGCUGGAGAGGGAAGAGGAGAUGGGCUCUGAUGCCACGGUGCAGAGACUGGCUCGACUAGAGGAGCAGGUCAUGCAGUCCGCCAAAGCCCUGCAGUGGAUUAUGGAAAGUCUGAAAUGUCAGGGUUUUACAGCAAAAGAUGCACAACCACCAACACUGACCACAACAGAGGAGUCCACUGAUAUGUAUGCAUCAGAGAAAGAGGACAAGUACCACGUGAACGCCCGACAAUUUUACUAUCCCAACAGCAAACUCACACGCUUCCCUGUGCCAGAAGAGAAAGUGCCAUGGGAGUUCAGCUUCACCUGUUACAUGCCGUCUUAUUACACGUCUGAAGGAAGUGGGGACCAUGUGGAUGGAUCAGAAUCAGAGGCCUCAAAUAAUUACAGAAAUCCAGGAGGGAGGACUGGCAUGAGGGGACGGGGUGCACUAAGCCAACUGGGUCCAAAUCCCAAUCUAGACCUUGUGCUAACACGUUGGGGAGACAGCGAACGCUCUGUUUUGGACUACCUGGUGGUUUGGGAUGAGAAGCAGGGAACCUUGGCUUUACCUUGGGGACCCAUUGAAUCUGCUGAUCACCUGCCAGUGAUUCUUAGGAAAACCAUGGGAAAGAAGAUGUAUGCGAUAGUAAAUGCCAAAUUAUCAGAGGGAACAAAGGUAGGUCUAUUUAACACUUCAGUUAGACUUAUAGAGUAAGUUGGUUUACUGACAGCAAUCGGAUGAAGGAUUGUUGUUAGUAUAAGUGUCUUGUCACAUUAUGUAGAGAACCCUUUAACAUUGAAAUAAAUAACAUAAUAAUAUUUUGCUUAAGUUCAGUCUGUUU